GUGCGGUUCCGGGUCGUGUCGCGGCUCGGGGUAACAGGGCUGCUGUUGCCGGCCGGCGGCGGCGGGGCGCGGCGGGGCGCGGCGGGGUCAUGAGGGCGAGUCUGGGGCGCGGCAGCCGAGCCGGCCGGUAGAAGCGCCGGUCCUCGAGGUGCAGGGGCCGAGAGGCGUGGGGAAGCCGGGGCCUCCCUCAGGGACGUGUCCUGGGCGAGGCGGCCCGUAGUGUGGAAGCAGCUUCAGGUAAAGGUUGCCCCAGCCGCCGCCCCCUGUGACCCUCAGCACUCCGCUGCCCGUGCUGCCCAGCGGCCGCCCGUCGGGGCCGUGCUCGGUGGCCUGGGAGCAUCCGUUUCCUGGCCCUUCCCGAGCCUGACAGCUGGGUGUGUGACUUAGCAUGUUUUCAUGACUGUGCUUCUGCUGUUGGUACAGAUAAGUUGGCUGAAGGCCUAUAGCUUCAAAGGAACAACGAUAUUUAGCAAUCGCCCCCACUGCCUUGUUUUAAGCCAUGAGACUGAACUGCUAUGUGCAGGUAGGUGAGUCCGUGAAACAGUAUGAAGAGGAGAAAAUAGCCUUUUAAAGAAACUGGCCCACAGAAAGGAUGGCCUUCUUGGACAAUCCAACUAUCAUUUUAGCUCAUAUUCGACAGUCACAUGUGACCAGUGAUGACACGGGAAUGUGUGAAAUGGUUCUCAUUGAUCAUGAUGUUGACCUAGAGAAGACUCAUCCUCCUUCAGUGCCUGGAGACAGUGGGUCAGAAGUUCAGGGAAGCAGUGGUGAGACUCAGGGCUACGUGUACGCCCAGUCUGUCGAUAUUACCUCAAGCUGGGACUUUGGUAUUAGAAGACGCUCAAACACAGCUCAAAGAUUAGAACGACUCCGCAAAGAAAGACAAAACCAGAUCAAAUGCAAAAAUAUUCAGUGGAAAGAAAGAAAUUCUAAGCAAUCAGCCCAGGAGUUAAAGUCACUGUUUGAAAAAAAAUCCCUCAAAGAGAAGCCUCCAAGUUCGGGCAAGCAGUCCAUAUUGUCUGUACGCCUGGAGCAGUGUCCUCUGCAGCUGAAUAACCCCUUUAAUGAGUAUUCCAAGUUUGAUGGCAAGGGUCAUGUGGGUACAACUGCAACUAAGAAGAUCGACGUCUACCUCCCCCUGCAUUCAAGCCAGGACAGACUGCUACCAAUGACCGUGGUGACAAUGGCCAGCGCUAGGGUGCAAGACCUCAUCGGGCUCAUCUGUUGGCAGUAUACGAGCGAAGGACGGGAGCCAAAGCUCAAUGACAAUGUCAGUGCCUAUUGCCUGCAUAUUGCUGAGGAUGAUGGGGAGGUAGACACAGAUUUCCCACCAUUGGAUUCCAACGAGCCCAUUCAUAAGUUUGGCUUCAGUACUUUGGCCCUGGUUGAAAAGUAUUCAUCUCCUGGUCUGACAUCCAAAGAAUCACUCUUUGUUCGAAUAAAUGCUGCUCAUGGCUUCUCCCUGAUCCAAGUGGACAACACAAAGGUCACCAUGAAGGAGAUCCUGCUAAAGGCAGUGAAACGACGAAAAGGAUCCCAGAGAAUUUCAGGCCCUCAGUACCGCCUGGAGAAGCAGAGUGAGCCCAACAUCGCAGUGGACCUGGAGAGCACGCUGGAGAGCCAGAAUGCCUGGGAGUUCUGCCUGGUCCGCGAGAACAGUUCAAGGGCAGAUGGAGUUUUUGAGGAGGAUUCACAAAUUGACAUCGCUACAGUACAGGAUAUGCUUAGCAGCCACCAUUACAAGUCAUUCAAAGUCAGCAUGAUCCACAGACUGCGGUUUACAACUGACGUGCAGUUAGGUAUCUCUGGAGACAAAGUAGAGAUAGACCCUGUUACGAAUCAGAAAGCCAGCACUAAGUUUUGGAUUAAACAGAAGCCCAUCUCAAUCGAUUCUGACCUGCUCUGUGCCUGUGACCUUGCCGAGGAAAAGAGCCCCAGUCAUGCAGUAUUUAAACUCACGUAUCUAAGCAGUCAUGACUAUAAGCACCUCUACUUCGAGUCCGAUGCAGCCACAGUCAGUGAAAUCGUGCUCAAGGUCAACUACAUCCUGGAGUCACGAGCAAGCACUGCCCGGGCUGACUAUUUUGCUCAAAAACAAAGAAAACUGAACAGACGUACAAGCUUCAGCUUCCAGAAGGAGAAGAAAUCAGGGCAGCAGUAAUGCUGGCUCCAGCCUGUUGCCUCAGCCCAGGCUGCCUGCAGGGCCAAGUGACCCCGGAGUCCACCUUCACCCUGCAGUGCCUGGUCUCACAGGCACAGGGCUGCUGGGCUCUGGGGAGAGGUUUAGAAGUAGGGGUGCCCUACUCUGGAGUCUGGGGACAUUGCCAUUGGACUGAAACCUGGCAAUGGCUUUAAGUAGCAAUGCCCAGGAACCAGACACCUCCUGGAGAAGCCACGUGCUGCCCAGCCAUGUUCACUGCCUGGCAGUCCACCAAGGAUGUAUAUAGCCAUGCCAGACAGCUCCUUGCAACUUGAUCAAAUUUCUUAAAGCAAAGAAAGAACAAAAAUGUACAUUUCUUUUUUUCUUUUAAUAAACAGGUUACUCUUUAUCAUGGUUGGUAUGAUGGACCAUUUUUGGGGGGCAGAGAAUUGAUUAUAUUAUCUUCUUUAAAAUCUGUUCCUGUUUUAAUCAGGCAGAUUGCAAAAGCUGUGAUUGGCGCUCUCAGAAGCAAUGUUUAGGCUUAACCAAUAGUUAACUAUGCCAUUUGUUUAAAUGGGGGUAUUUGCUUUGAGAAUAGCAUCUUGGGAAGUUAAGAACGAAGGCCAUGCACACGUGCAUGUGAGUUUGUGCGUGUGUGCGUGCAUGCAUGGCUCUCUUUUUCCCCUUCAAAGGCCUUCUCAGCAUGUGCCCUGAGAGACAGGUGCUAGUAGGAUGGUGUGGCAGACGGUGUGUCUCCAAGCAUUGAGUUCCCAGCCAGAGUGGUCUCAUUUCCUCAGAGCUGGUAUAAGAUGUUCAGCUGGAACCCCGAAGAGUUUGCCUCGCUGGCUCUGAAGCCUAUCUCCUGCCCUAUUCCCAGUGCCUGCUGAGAGAGCUGUGUUGGGAUUGAGAAGUAGAAGGGAGCCCAUGUCCUUGUACCCCAAGCCCUAGGUAGAAAAGGCAGGGUGCCCAGCACUCUGACACCACACCUCUGGCUACACCAGAUGCCUCUGCAGACCUCACCAUGGUUUCUCCUGUGACAGCAUCCUUUCAUGCUGUCCUGGACCAGAGCCACAGACCGACAUCUCAAGCGGCCUGUGUUUAGAACAUUUUUUACAUCAUUGUGUCUGAGCCUCUCAGAGCCAGUGUGUAGGUCUUUGCUAAAGGGUCAUCUGGGUGAAUGCCUCUCUCAUUCCAAUCCAUUCAGACAACAGGAGCACCCUUUUCUAAUGUCUUCCAUUCCUAUCACCCCAAAAAAAGAUAUUAUUUGUAGCUUGCUCUGUAUUUGAAUUUUUAGCAAUUUUAUAUUUAGAUAUCUUUGAAAUGUAAAUGACUAAUUUGGUCAUUAAAUCUUGUCACAUAUUCGAUAUUAAAAUACUAAAAUAAAAGUCAUAAAUACCCUCUUGUA